CCACCCCCUUUAUAUACCGAAGCUUCCUCCCCAUUUCUCAAACCCCUCAAAACCCCCAAUUCAACAAACCCUCUCUCUCUUCUCUAUCUCUCUCUACAUUCUGCAAUGGCGAAGGGAGGCAAGCUCACAAAAAUCAAGUCCGUCCUGAAAAAGAUGCAGUCCUUCAAGCUCGGCCGCGCCAACGCCAGCUCAAUCGCCGCCGCCAACACCUCCUCAGACGACGAUUCCUACGACAUCGCCGCCGCCACCAGCGACCUCCACGCCGUCUACGUAGGAAAAUCGCGGCGGCGCUAUCUCAUCACCUCCGACGUCCUCGACAACCCGCUCCUCCGCGAGCUUGUCGAGCGGCGAUCCGGCGAUGAGGACUCGAUCACCGUCGGCUGCGAGGUGGUUCUCUUCGAGCACCUGCUGUGGAUGCUGGAGAAUGCCGAUCCUCAGCCGGAGUCGCUGGAUGAACUCGUCGAAUUCUAUGCCUGCUGACGGCGGCGGCGCGCCGCUAUUAAUAGUUUAAUACUGUUGGUAACUGAAAGUAAAGUAACGCUGGGAUGGGGGCGAUCGCGUGUGGUCACUCCAUAUAUUGGUAUAUAGCUGUAUAUUUUUUAUUUUUAUUUUUAUUUUUUGAGAUUUUUCCUUUUCUCGAGCAGUGUUAAUAAUGAGAUGAUUAGCGGUGUAGAAUAUAUACUUCGAAGAAAGAGAGUGAAAAUUGAUGCUGAGGGUUAACCCAUUUUACACGGCUAAUCUUGAAUCAAAGGAACGGCCUAAUGGGAUAUUUGUACUAAUAUUUUUCUGUAUUUGUAAUUGCUGUUAUUCAUUCUUUUCCCAAGUGAUAUUGAAUCGAUGAAUUUGUAGUUCAA